CUUCGCGGUGGAGUCUUUGCCGUUUAACUACUGCGUGGAUUCCCCCCCCCCGAAGCAGCGCGACGCCACGUGUCCUGGCCCGCCUCUCGCCUUCUCCUGCAGCCGGGCCCCGUUUCCCCGGCUUUGGCUUGAGCCCCCCGCCCCCUCGUGGGCUGUCCUGAGCUGCCGCUCGGCAUUCAAGCAGGCAAGGGGCUUCCCGGCGGAGCUCGGGCUAUGAGCGACGUGCCUCCUGCCCUCGGAGCGCCAGCUCCAGCAUCAUACACCUGCAUUACUUGCCGAGUAACUAUCAAGGAUGCAGAAGUUCAGCGAGCCCACUAUAAAACUGACUGGCACAGGUAUAACCUAAAGAGAAAAGUUGCUCAGAUGCCCCCUGUCACUGCUGAGAACUUUCAAGAGAGAGUACUAGCCCAAAGAGCAGGACUGGAAGAACAGAACAAGGCCACUGCAACUUACUGUGUGGCUUGCAGCAAGCGAUUUUCCAAUUUCAAUGCAUAUGCAAACCACCUGAAAUCCAGGAAACAUUUGGAGCUUGAGAAGAAGGCUGUCCAAGCAAUCAGCAAGAAAGUGGAACUCUUAAAUGAGAAGAAUUUAGAGAAGGGCCUUACUCAAGAGAACGUUGACAAAGACACUAUGAACACUGCUAUCCAGCAAGCCAUCAAAGCUCAGCCAUCCUCGUCUCCAAAGAAGGUUGCCCUGUCUGCAGAUGCCAUUGGUGGUUCUUUCAUGGAAGAAAGCAGCAGUUCGCUCCAGAGAAAAGAGCACGUGGAAAGACCACCUCGAUUACACUGGUUUGAGCAACAGGCUAAGAAGCUGACACAACAGCCGUCUGACGAUGAAGGAAAGGAGGAAGAUAUGGAGGAAGAAGGUUGGGAGGAUAUAGACUCAAAUGAAGACAUAGAGUCUGAAGAAGAGAUAGAGGGAAACCCAGAUGAAGCAGAAAACAGUGAACCGGGGAAUGAUGGGGCUGAACCUGAUGCAAUUCCUAUAACAGACUGCUUAUUCUGUUCUCACCAUUCAAAUUGUUUCAUGAAGAAUGUGGCCCACAUGACAAAAGCCCAUAGUUUUUUUAUUCCAGACAUAGAAUACCUUGUAGAUUUCAGAGGAUUGAUCAAGUAUUUGGGAGAGAAGAUUGGGGUUGGGAAGAUCUGUCUAUGGUGCAAUGAGAAAGGGAAGUCCUUUUACACAAUUAAAGCUGUGCAGGCACAUAUGAAUGACAAAAGCCACUGCAAGCUCUUCAUUGAGGGAGAUGCUGCUUUGGAAUUUGCGGACUUCUAUGAUUUCAGGAGCAGUUAUCCUGAUUACCAAGAAGGGGAGGAUGUAGAGAUGCCUGAACAAUUGCCAUCAGAAAAGAAAUUGGACUAUGACGAUGAAACUAUGGAGCUGAUUUUACCUUCAGGUGCCAGGAUUGGUCACCGUUCCUUGAUGAGGUAUUACAAGCAGCGAUUUGGUUCUUCACGAGCAGUAGUGGUUUGCAAAAAUAAACAGACAGUGAGCAGAGUGCUGCAGCAGUAUAAAGCCCUCGGUUGGACAAGCAACUCAGGAACAGCUCUGGCUCACGAGCGUGACAUGCAGUACCUUCAAAGGAUGAAAGCAAAGUGGAUGCUGAAAACUAGCAUGCAAAAUAACAUUACAAAGCAGAUGCAUUUCCGCUCACAAAUCCAGUUCUAAGAGCACAAUAAAAAGUGUUCAGUAUUGGAUGCCGCAAAUAUAUGGUUGAUGCCUUACCAGUGGUUGCGUUUAGGCUGCUAUUUCAAAUAUUUCAGUUGAAUGUUGUCAGUCAGACCUGCUCAAUAAAGGAUAUGCAUAAAAUG